AUGACAUUUGGGAGAACCGCACUUUCCCCGACGAGUGGUAGUGAUAGUCACAUGACGGGUCGGGAUUCCUCCAAGUUUCGACCGAUCUCCCUCACCUCCUGUGCCCGUAAGAUCAUGAAGAGGAUGGUCAGCCGCCCGCUCCGUGGAAAAUUGGAAGCAGAUGGAAGAUUCGGCUUCCAACAGCACGCCUUUCGCCCAGGUUAUGGCACCAGCACAUACUUUGCCAGCCUGGGUAGUGUGCUGCAGAGCGCGUAUAACGAAGCCAAGCAUGUUGACCUGGUUUCGAUGGACAUUGCCAAAGCCUUCAGCAGGACCUGGACACCCAUGGUCCUCAACAAAUUACAAGAAUGGGGCACCACUGACAACAUGCUUGCCUUUAUCAAAAACUUAUUGACCGGUACAACCUUUACGGUCCUCAUUGGUGACUCUGCAUCCGGAGAGUAUGCCGAGGAAACUGGGGUCCCCAAGGGUCGGCUCUUGUGGUCACCCUCUUCCUGA